CAAUAUUAAGGGUAAUAUAGUCAACAAAGAGAUUAUAAAAAGCAGCAAACUAGGGUUUACAGGUCUUCACCAUCUUCAGUGAAGAGCCGCAUCAUCAUCAACCUUCAGAGAUGGCGAAGUCAAAGAAUCACACAGCUCACAAUCAGUCCCGCAAGGCUCACAGGAAUGGUAUCAAGAAACCAAAGAGGCACCGUCACACUUCUACCAGAGGGAUGGAUCCUAAGUUCUUGAGGAACCAGAGGUAUGCAAGGAAGCAUAACAAGAAGAGUGGUGAGAUUGCCACCGAGGAAGAAUGAACUGAAAUGAAAAAGACGGAAGCUGCUGCUUUUUCGGGUUAUUUUCGAUGCUAGGGUUUCUGUUUUAGUAGUUUAGUUUGCUUAAUGUUUACUUUAUUGGAUUUUACUUUAAAGAUUUUGUGGUAAUGGCUGGAUUAUGUAUUCUUAAGCUGUUAAUUGAUGUUUUAGUAAUUUUUGUUAUGAA